GGACAUCUCGCUGUUUUCCGACUAUAUUCGUAUAAAAUGUACGUUCAUUUUACUUCCGUAUAUUUGGUUUCAGGAUUAGGUUAUCUGUCAAAAAUCCCUCUGCAGACACUGGACUAAUGUAAAAUUUUCAGAUUUCUCGCUAGUCGCGUAUCGCAAUGAGCAUUUUAAGACUAAAUUGUUUUUGAAGUUCAAUACCUACCAUGUAAUACUUAUGUUUUGAAAACGAAAGUUGUAAAUAAGAAAAACAUGGCGGAAGGAAGGAAGUUUACUGAAAGUGUGCUCGGUGCCUCUGAUGAAAUUUAUGAUUACAACUGUUCCUCUUGCGAAGAAUCUGGAGUGUAUAAGGAAGCACAUAAAUACUGUGAUAGUUGUAAGUUGUAUUAUUGUAAGAAAUGUCUCGGUGAUCACAACAAGUUUCCGGCUUUAAGAGGACACCUAAUAAAAGAUGUGACCUCUCAACCGAAACAGACUGUUCAAACUGGGGCACCAAGCGAAUCCACGCCAGGAACCCAAACUGAGCCAUGUGAGAACCAUCCUGAAGAAAUGAUCAAGAUGUAUUGUGGUGAACAUGAUAUUGUCUGCUGCACUGUAUGUAUAGCACUCGAGCACAGAGAGUGCAAAGACGUUCACUACAUUCUAAAGCUAGCUAAAGAUAUCAGAACAAGUCAAGAAUACAACGACUAUGUGGCAGAGGUGACAAGAAUCAAAACCGUGUAUGAAGACACUAAACAGUCCAUCCAGGAUGAAAUGCAAACAAUUAACAAUGUUAAAACUGAAAUUAUCAAUGAAAUAAAAGAGUACAAAAGAGAGUUAGUUUCAAGAAUAGAAGAGCUUGAGAGUAAGUCGAUUGAAACUGUGAAUGAAAGGCAUAAGCAACUUAAAGAAAAAAUGAAUGAUACUGCAAGCCAUGUAGAUAAAUUAUUAAACAAGGUAACAAAACUUGUGCGAGAGAUCGAUAAUACUAGUGAGGCACAGCUGUUUGUCCAAAUGCAAAAAAUGAGAGAAAUGAAAAACGAAAAGGAUAUGACUGACAAAGACGUUAAAACGUUUGAAGGACUGAGUUUUUCAUUAGACGACAGUGUUAGAAAUGCUCUUGGUGGCGUCGACGGACUUGCUAUCGCAAACGUGCCAUUAAGAAUUCUUUCGAAGAAAGAGUAUAAGAUUUGCUUCAAUGAUGACGUAAACGACACGUACUAUGUGUAUGAUACAUGUAGCUUAGAUGAUGACACCUGGGUUUUGACAUGUGACGACAAACUGAAACGAUUUACCAGGUCAUUUAGUAAACUGGCUAACAUAUCGGUCCCAGGGAAAUUGUGCGGUAUAUGUAAAACUUCAAGACCAAAAGAAUUAGCUAUUUCAAUACAAAACAAGCAAACAAUACAGUUUGCUCAGUACAAUGCAAAAACAAUGUCACUGACACAAUCAUUCAAAGUAGAUGUUUCAUGCAAAGGUAUUUGCUGUAGAGAUGACUACCUGUUCGUCACUUGUGGCGGAGGCGACAAGGACAAAGUCCUAGGUCAUUUACGACAAUAUGAUAUGAAAGGUAAUCUUAUAUGCACAGUUGACACUGACAAUACCGGUCAACGAAUCUUCACAUCGCCCCGUCUUAUGACUCUUGAGUCUAGUACAAAUAACAUAUAUAUAGCAGACAGAGACAACGGAAUCAUUGUUCUUGACAGGAAUGGAAAGAUAAAAUGCCAUUUGUAUGAUUCUUUUCUGAAAAAUGGAUGCGGUAUUUGUCUUACAACUAGAAAUAAUAUUCUUGUGUCCGGUUGUGAUUCUAAAAGUAUACAUCAAUAUGAUGAAAAUUGUAGGUAUGUAGGAACAAUCUUGAAACUUACGGAUAAAAUGCAUUAUCCUUCAUGCUUACGGUUCGAUGAAUCAAAGAAACAGUUAAUUGUUGGCAUGAAUAAACACAAUGAAAUGUAUGUUUAUGAUGUUGAAAGUUAAACGAGACUGUAUAUAGUUAAAAAAUAGUCGCUAUGCCGAUACGUUGGUCAGAUAUUUGUUUUUUGUGUGUGUUCGAUAUGUUGCUGUCAGAAACAUGUACAUUGUACAUUCAUAUCCAAUUUUAUGUAUGUAUAUAAUAUUAGUAUUUUGUUAUUUUGUACGUUUUUUUCCUAUCUUUUUAAAUGUUUGAUGCAGAUAAAUCCUGUUUUGACAAUUUUGGAGGGUUAUGUUUUAAAAUAUAGUAUGCAAAGUUGUAAAUUUGUAAUUAGGCUUUGAUAUUCGACCAUCUUAUAUCAAAUUGUUUUAGUUUGUCCUGUUGGUAAGUUGAUUGCACCGAUGAUCACAUUUUAAUUUUUACCUACUUGUAUUUAGAAAUGUAAAAUAUGAAAUCAUUUUUUCAUGUGUUCUUGUUGUUUAAAUGACAUCCAAUCGUUAUAUCUUUGUGUCAAUCUUAUAUGAUAUUUGUAAGAAGGGCAAAAACAUAUUUGCUAAAUGAUUUGUAUAUUAUGAUAGCAGAUGAUAUUCUUUGAGUAGUUAUUCUAAGGAAAAAUACCGUGUUACGUUAGGUCGAAGUAAAUUGUAUACAUCAGUUGUACAGUUGUAUGACUUUCUUACUGAGAGUAAAUGGUUUCAAUUAGUUGUAUGACUAGUAUUUUUGCUGAGAGUGAUUUGAUUCAAACAGUUGUGUGUCUUUUGUACUGAGUGUAAACUGAUUGAAUCAGUUGCAUGACUUUCGUACUGAGAGAAAAUUGACUCAAUCACUUGUAUGACUUUUGUACUGAGAGAAGUUGUAUGACUUUCUAUUUUAGAGUACAUUGAUUCAUGCAGUUGUAUGACUUUCUUAAUGGUGAAAAUUGAUUAAAUCAGUUGUAUAACUUUCUAACUAAGAGAAAGGUUAUUUAAUACGUUGUAUGACGUUAUAACUGAGAGUAAAUGGAUUUAUUUUAGCAUUCGAAAAAAUAAUAAAACAAAACACUAAG